GUCUUCGACACCAAAAGUCGUCUCGGCGCGUCUUUGCUCCUUUCUUUGCACCCGCGACCACCCACAAUGGCAUCCACCGCCCCCCUCCGCACCGCACCAGCGGCAUCAGGCACGCCUGUCCCCCUCCCGCAAGAAUCAGCCAUGGAUCCACUCCGCUCCACCUUCUGUGUCGUCUGCGCCUCGAACAACAAUCGCUCAAUGGAAGCGCACAAUGUCCUCUCCUCGUCGGGCCUCAACGUCUUCUCCGCCGGCACGGGAUCCGCCGUUCGACUGCCAGGGCCUGCCAUUGAUCAGCCAAACGUGUACACCUUUGGCACGCCGUACGAGACGAUGUAUCAGGAUUUGAAGGGCAAGGAUACGGGCUUGUACACGCAGAAUGGCAUCCUGCCCAUGCUUGAUCGCAAUAGACGGAUCAAGCGCGCACCGGAGCGAUGGCAUGAAGGGCGCAAGACGGCGGAUGUGGUCAUCACCUGCGAAGAAAAGUGCUUCGAUGCCGUAUGCGAGGAUCUUCUCUCUCGCAACGGGGAGCUCAAUCGCUCCGUCCAUGUCAUCAAUGUCGAAAUCAAGGACAACCACGAAGAAGCCCUCGUGGGGGGAAAGGCGAUCCUAGAGCUCUGCAGACGGAUAGACGAGGCGGGAGAUGUAGACGAGGAGAUCACGCGCAUACUCGACGAGCAUCAGGAGAGACAUCCCCAUGCUUUGCUGCAUAGCGUUGCGUACUAUUAGGCGCGCUAUGUCGAGCAAAGAGAGGCAUCUGAUAUUUGACUGAGCAGGGCGAGGCAAGAUUGACAGGCGAGAAAAGAGAAAAGGGUAGCAGCAGCGCAUCGUAAUGUAGCAUCGUGCGCUUUGCUUCAGAGAAGAAGAGAAAGGAGGAGCAGCC